AGUGGCUGAUGAUAACGAGUUAGUGGAGGGUAUUGCAUAAAACAUUCGUGUUUUUUCGAGUUGGUAAUGUGAAAGCGAAAACUAAUCGUACGGAUUCUCUUGCUCCCACCCACCCAAGAAAUACACCAGCACACACGCGCACACCGCUGGGGGUGUAUUAGUGCGAUUGAGAAGGAUAUCAUUUUUUGUGUGUUCGACUUAUCGGCAUGCUCAUCAUUGUUUGUUCAAAAUUUAAGGAUCAAUAGUUGACUCUAAUCUCUGCCUUUGGAAGUGCUUUUCAGGGAGCCGCAAAACAUGUCGGACGUGGAAACCCAAGAACCCAAGAAGGGACGCGGACGUCCUGCGGCCGUGGAGAGAAAUAGCGUGGCUCCGAAAAAGCGUGCCCGGGCCCUCUCGCCGAAGGAUACGAAGCUGGUGGAGGAAAAGGAGCACGAAAAGGCAGUGCUGUCGGACGAAGGGGAUGAUAGCGGAGAGGAGCCCUCUCCGAAGCGUGGCCGGGGUCGACCGAAGGGCGUCGUGAAGAAGGGAGCUAAGUCCGCCAAAAAGGCACCGGCUGCUACCGGUCGGGGACGAGGCCGGGGUAAGAAGAAGCCGACCAAGGAAUCUUCUGACGAGGAGGACGAGGACGAUGAUGAUGACGAGGAGGAGGAGGAGGACGAUCUGGAGGAUAGCGAAGAGAACGAGGAGAACUUUGACAACGAUGAGUCCGAUUAAUUGGGCACAUGGAGGACGAGGAGGACAAAGGAGUAUCGGUGAUUGUCACUGCCAUUACCGCGCUGUGUGUCAUUCAGGAUGUUAGAUUUCUUUUCAUAUUUAAUACACCAAAGAACACUCAGAGUUUUCCCCCAAAAGUGUGUUCAGCAGUCACCCGUCUCCAUCACAGUCUGUUUCGAUCCGCAUCAUUCGAUGGGGAUACCAUGGCAGCUGCAACCGAGAUAGUGAGAUCUGAACGGCACUUAACACACAACUAUGAAAUCCUAGAAUGAAAUCGAUAACCGCGAAAGUAUUAUCCACAUGUAUGUACCUCCGCAGUUACCUCUUCAACGUAAAGCAUUUUGUAAAUCGCACCUUAUUGUGUUGAGUUGAUUUGAAUAAAAUAUGAAUAUCUACGUUCUAUGUAC